AUGCGCAUGUUCAUGUCAAGUGUAGUGCAAAGGAAAUAAUAUUUUGGCUUUCGGGGGCCUAAAAUUAGCUAAAAUGCAUAAGUUAAAGUUCUCACAGAGAGACAAAGUGAAAAAAUUCAUUUCAUUUACACAUACUGGAGAACAAACUGCAAUAUAUUGUCUAACACAAAAUGAUUGGAAGCUAGACUUGGCAAGUGAUAAUUAUUUUCAAAAUCCUGAGGCAUAUUGUAAAGAACCAAAAAAUACAAUAGAUAAAAAAAAACUAGACAUAUUAUUUAGUCGAUAUCAAGGUAACUCUAUGAAAGAUCCAAAUGAACCUGACAAGAUAACAGCAGAUGGAAUCAUGAAAUUCUUGGAUGAUUUGGAUUUAAGCCCUGAAAGUAAAUUAGUAUUAAUCAUUGCAUGGAAAUUUAGAGCAGAAACACAAUGUGAAUUUACUAAAGAUGAAUUUAUGAGUGGAAUGACAGACCUAGGUGUGGACAGUAUAGAUAAAUUAAAAGCCUGUUUAAGUAGUUUAGAAAGUGAAUUGAGGGAUCCUCAAAAAUUUAAAGACUUUUAUCAAUUUACGUUUAAUUAUGCAAAAAAUCCAGGACAAAAGGGUUUGGAUCUUGAUAUGGCAAUUGCUUAUUGGAAUAUCGUAUUAGAUGAUAAAUUUAAGUUCCUCCCUUUAUGGUGUCAAUUUUUACAGGAACACCAUAAGAGGUCGAUUCCAAAAGAUACGUGGAAUUUAUUAUUAGACUUUGCACUCAUGAUCAACCCUGAUAUGAGUAAUUAUGAUGAAGAGGGAGCCUGGCCUGUACUAAUAGAUGAUUUUGUAGAAUGGGCACAGCCCCGUAUUCGUCAGUCCCUCUAACAUCUUUUUGUUACAUUUUUAACUUCAUAUAAAAAAAGCUUUAUUUAUUCAUUUAUAAAAUCGUAUAUUCUUCAAGUGAUACUUGAUCAUAUUUUUCUGAUAGAGCAUCAUUUUACUUUGUGUACAGAUUAUAUGAUAAUGAGGCAGGAGUAUUAUAAUUGUUAGGAUCAAUCUAAUGUAUAACAAUUCUGUAAUGUAAACAAAUUUAUAUAACGAAAAAAUUAUUGCUCGUCAACAAUAAGUUAAUUUCAUAUUAAAUUAGAGAUUCUGUUUCAUUUAAUCCCACAUUAUAUAACUAUUAAAGUUUUACAUAAGAAUCGCAUUAUUAUGCAUUUGUCUGUACAAAGUAAUCUGAUGUAUAAUCAGUUUGUUUAAGAAAACAAUGACAGUGAAAAAUGUUGCUCAACUACCGACGGUAUUUGCAAACAUCUGAAGAAAUCGCUGACUGUGUUCCUUUGCACGAAUUUGGCUUCAAAAAGGAGAAAUCAUAAGAUUCGUUUAUACCUUUUUGUAGAUAGUAAUUUCUAGAAAUUGCGUUGUUAAAAAUUGUUAUUAAAUAAAUUUUAUGAUACUCUACAGAACACUUGUAAUAUACAUACAAAAAAAAGGAAAAAAAAAAAUAGAAAAAACACA